AUGGUUCUUUGCCUGUUCCACAAGCUCACGGUCGGCUUCGCCGUCCUCGGGGUCAUCAAUGGUGUGUUCACCCAGGAAACCUUCAGGGUCGCCGCCCAGGACGAUUUCAUCAUGGUGCACCAGAAGGAGGCGUCGACGCGCAUCCACCUGAACAAGAUGUCUCGGCUAUUCAAAGCUGGGGACGUGUCUGGCGACGGCCUCUUGGACAGAGGGGAGUUCCUCCAGCUGAUGCAGAAUCAGGAGGUCAGGAUCUGGCUGUCAUCCAUGGGGCUCGAGGCGGGGGAUGAAGUCGCCUUGUUCGAGUACCUGGACAAGGACGAGGACGGCAACGUGAGCGCCGAGGAGCUGAUCAAGGGAGUGGGCUGUCUGAAAGGGGCGGCCAGGAGUUUGGACCUGAUCAUGUGCCUGAAUAAGCUGGACGAGCUGCACGAGUCUAUAAAGGCCGUCCACCCAGAGAUCGUAAAGGGUGAUCCUCUCCGAGGGCCCUUCUUUACGAGCAGGUGGGGGCCCGCUGGGCCCUUUGCCUCGAGGAGGUCUCUCUGA